CGGACCGCGCCGCAGUGGAAAGCGAAGAAGUGUUGUUCUGGGUUUCCUCUGAAGACGAAGACGAUGAAACACCUGACAAACCGUGACAAACCGUGACAGCCCGUGACAACCCGUCCACACUGGAGCUCGCCUCUGACGCUGUCAUCGCUCCGCUCACCGAUUAUCGGGCUUUUUGAUCGUGAUCGAUAUGAAGUUUAGUCAGCGGAUCCAGGUCGGACUCGACUUCUUCGAGUUUUUGAGGGAAACUGGUCGAACAUCGAUCACUGACAGACUUGAACUGAGAGACAUUUACAACAGCGAGUUCAGGAGCAGGAACUCUGGGUCCAAAGACCCGAACUUCGGUUCGAUUCUUUACACCCUGAAAACCAGCGGCAACAUAACAAGAAGAAAAGAUAAGAUCCGCUUCAAUGCGACGGUCCAAGCUCUGUAUGUGGACCAGUGGCACACACCGAGGACCCGUCAGCCACAGGCUGCCCCGGACACACUGCGUAGUCCCGGUCCAGUCCAGAUCGCGACUUCUCCUGACGAAGCAGAGACGGGUGUUCGAGCUCGCAGGAAGCUGGCCAGCUGUCUGAUGACGAGACUGAAAACAGACAGAGCUCAUUUCAUCUCAGACAAACAUAAUGUCAGCAUCACCGCCGACCAUCAGUUUGACGAUGGGAAGAUUCACCUGUGUGUGGAAGACACACAUGAGUGCGAGGUGAAGCUGAGCGUGACCAACACUGGAGCAGAGCCUGUGUUCUUCACCUACUACACUCCACUGCAGUGGCUCCGAUAUUUAACUCUGACCGACGAGUGCAAAGUGACCAAAGCAAACCCUCUGACGCUUCAAGCAGGCGACAGCUAUGAAGUCCAGGUUAACAUCCGUUGUGGUUGGGUUGGUAUUUACCCUGCCACGCUGGCUUUUGAAUUCAAACCGGACCUGCAGCCGUCCUCACCUGCCUUCCAUAUUGUGCGCUUUAUCAAGGCUGAGCGCGUAACUUCCUUAGGACGGGAGCUGGCACCUGUAGCUCCCUACGCCCCUCGCUCCCUCCCUGCCUGGACGCCUCAAGUUCAGUGCACCAUCGUGGACGGGCAGCGACCAGAAGGGAUGUCAGUGAUGCGCCUGCAGAACGUGAUUCCGCUCAAAGACUAUCGUAUCCCACCGUACAUGAACCAGCUCAUCGAGUCACUGAAGCAGCCUGCACCGGUCUGUGACAGGAGAAGGACUUUGCUGAAGACUCCGUUAAGCUGGGACAACUAUGCUGAGAAGUUUCAGCUGCUGCUGUAUCUGGAGGAGCUGCAGAUGGAGGUGGAUAUCAGGAGGUACAACAUCCCCAACAGUGAGACAAAAGAACACGCCCCCAUGUUCAGAGACACCGUCAACACAAAACUGCUCGUCCUUGAGGUGCCCGGCGUGUCGGAGAACCGGCCGUCCGUGCUGCGGGGAGAUCAGCUGCUGGUUCGUCCGGCGGGAGAAACGGGCGUCAAGUACCGAGGCUAUGUUCACAGUGUGGAGCUGGACAGAGUCAAACUGGGCUUCAGCUCCGAAUUGCUGAGUCGCUUCGUCGACGGCAUGAAGUUCAGCGUGGAGUUCACCAUCAACCGCCUCGUCGUGCGUCUUCAGCAUCGAGCAGCGGAGCUGGCAGUGGAGCACGGGCUGGAGAAGGUUCUGUUCCCUGACGCAGCCGCUCAACACACGCAGCUGCCCGACCUUAGCCUUUUUGACCGGAAGUUGGAGAGCAACUCCGAACAGUCUCAAGCAGUUGGACACAUUGUAGCUGGCUCGUCCAAACCUGCCCCAUACCUGAUCUUUGGUCCACCUGGAACAGGUAAAACUGUGACUAUGGUUGAGGCCAUCAAGCAAAUCGAGAAGACCCAGGCCUCCUGCCACAUCCUGGCCUGCGCUCCGUCCAACAGCGCCGCUGACCUGCUCUGUUUGAAGAUUGUGGAGCACGUGGAGAAACGUAAGGUGUUCCGCAUGUACGCCACCAGCCGGGACCCGAGAUUGAUCCCCGACGACCUGAAGGAGAGCUCGAACCUGGUGGGCGACUGCUACGUCUUUCCUCCUAAAGAGGAGCUGAUGGAGUUCAGAGUCAUCGUCACCACCCUGAUAACUGCUGGAAGGUUGGUCACAGGAGGCGUUCCUGUCGGUCAUUUCACGCAUGUGUUUGUGGACGAGGCAGGACACGCUGUCGAGACUGAGUGUUUAGUCCCGCUGGCAGGGCUGUUGAACGCACAGACCGGUCAGGUUGUUCUCGCCGGAGACCCCGAGCAACUCGGACCAAUUCUUAGAUCCCCUUUUGCUCUGAAAUACGGCAUGGAGGUUUCUCUCCUGGAGCGCUUGAUGAAGGAGUGCCCUCUGUACCGGAAACAGGAGAACGCGUUCGACAGUCGCUUUGUCACCAAACUGCUGCGUAACUACAGGUCCCAUCCGGACAUCCUUCACGUCCCCAACGAGCUCUUCUACGAUGGGGAGCUUCAGUGUUGCGCAGAUGAAAUUCUAAGCAGCUCCUACUGCAGAUGGCAAUAUCUACCACAGAGUGGCUUCCCGUUGAUCUUCCACGGUAUCACCGGCGUGGACGAGCGCGAGGCCAGCAGCCCGUCCUUCUUCAACAGAGCCGAGGUGGAGGAGCUCAUGAGUUACGUGAAGAAGCUACUGCAAACACACGGCAAGAAGGGCGUGGCAACCAUCUCGCCCAAGGACAUAGGCAUCAUCGCCCCCUACAGGAAACAGGUGCAGAAGAUCCGUCAGGCCCUGGACAAAGUCGGGAAAGAGCUCAAAUUUAAGCACAUGGGCGCACUGAAGGUUGGUUCUGUGGAGGAGUUCCAGGGUCAGGAGCGGAGAGUCAUCCUGGUGUCCACAGUCCGCAGCAGCCCUGAAUACACGGACAUAGACAAACACUUCAACCUGGGCUUUGUCAAGAAUGAGAAGAGAUUCAAUGUGGCUCUGACUCGAGCCAAAGCCCUGAUGAUUGUGGUGGGAAACCCCAGAGUGCUGAACACAGAUCCUACCUGGGCUCGCUUCAUCCAGUUCUGCAGCAACAGAGGAGGUUACGACGGCGUCCAUUUCUCCAACGUCCUCGCAGAGGAAGAGGAGGACGUGGUGACGAGGCUCGCCGCUCUCUACAUCGACAUUCACACCCAAGUGGAGACAGCAGAGAGCGCUGUUCAGCAGCACUUGGACCCUGGGUGGAGGAGUGACUUCUGAACAUCCCAUAAUGUCCAGGGAACGGCUGAAAGAAAAAUGGUCUUAGAAUAUCUAUAUUUGUACUUAACCGCUCCUGAGGAUCCUGAUCUGGAAAUUGAGUUUUAUCUCAGGGAUUUUUUUAAAUGUCUUAAAUUACAGUUUGAUGGUUUAGUGCAGCAGCUCAAAAAUAUCUAUAUUUUAUGAUCAGAAAAAUGUUGAAGUAAAACCGCAAAACAAAUCAUUGCUGCACAAACCCUUGUUUACUUGUCUGACUCUACUAUUUAAAUUUGACUUUAUUGUGAAUCAUUUAAGAAUUCUGUGAAAUCACUUGUUCAAUCAUUAAAAAAAAAAGUGUUAAAGUGAGACAGAAUCUAAGUGAAGUAUUUUUCUGAUGUUAAAUCUUUAUUUUCUGAUUUUAUUCAAAAUCGAUUUAUUGACAAUUCUGCUUCUGAGUUACAGUCAGUGAUGUUUGACUUUAAUUUCUAUAAAAUAAAGUGAAUUCUGAUGAAAACAA